AUGGCGAGGGCGGAGGCACCACCUACGGCUUUCCGGCACAUUUUAGCUUCCCGCCGCCGGGAGCCCCUCCCCAACGCUCAGCGUCGAGGUCCCAACCCUCUCCCGCGGGGGCACACCCUAGCGCUCUACACGCGGGCCUGGGGCCCCAAAGUCCCUGGGUUCGGCUGUGGCCCCUUUUCUUACUCCAGCCCCAGGGUGCGAGCAGUCGCCCAGCGCCGGUGUCCUCACUCGCCGCCUGGAGGGCACGCCGCUGACCCGCUGGGGCGGCGGCCUGGGAAGGCUGCCGGCUGCUCACUGCGGGAGGGGGACGGGCGGAGAGCGGCCAGGGCUGCGCUUGGCUGGACUGAAGCCGGCGGCUUCGAGGGUGGCGGAGGGGCCUGCAUUGCGGGCGGAAGCGACGGAGGCUACGGGGGGGUUGAUACCUCAGAGACGGACUUGCUCUCAGCUAAUAUGGAAGAUGGUGUAUCCUUUCUACACCCCAGCAAUGAGCUCUGCCUGCAGCCUCUGGCAAUCAAGGAGAACCAUGGAGAAGUGCAGAUCCGACUGCAUCUCAAUUGCAGUCAUUGCUUUUUGAAAGGCUGCCAAUGGCAGGCAGAGUUCCAGCUGGCCGAAUGCAUGUUCCCAGAGGGCAUGGAGCUAGCUGUGGGUAACAUCCCCUGCAUGUCCCUGCAUCUGCCCACACCCCAGGCUCUGAUUCUAUUGGUAGCUGUGGGGGCGACUGCUACACUGAGCCUCCUUAUGGUGUGUGUGGUCCUGAUUCUGGGUAUUGAACCACAGGAGAGGCAGGGCCUGUGGAGGACAAGGCUGCCAGGCUCUGUGCUCAAACUGAGCGAGCUUCAGACAUCCACCAUCAGGACAGCCCCCUGCUGCCAGAUGGGGCCUGGCCCAGCCCAGUCCUGGCCUCCACCUCCAGGGCUUUCUGAUGUUUCCCCAGCCAACCUGUCUUCAUGCAGAGACCUGGGCUGUGGUGCCUUUGGAGAGGUCUGUGGGGGUCUGGUGAUUGGCCUUCCUGGGGACCCCCCACCUCUGUAGGUGGCUAUCAAGACCCUGCCAGAACUCUGCUCUCCACAGGAGGCCCUGACUUCCUCACUCAGGCGCUCUCAUCAGGUGCACCUGGGCACUGGACACCGUGUGGGGCUCCACCUCCAGGAUGCCCCUCGCCUAAUUCUACCAGAGUUGACACCUGAGGACGUGCAGAGUUUCCUGAGGCACAGUCGACUCUAUCUGGGAAGACCCUUCUCCCAGGCCCUAGGCCCUUCUAAAGACCCUGUCCAUCUGGCCCAGGACACAGCCCAGGGCUGCCACCACCUGGAGGAAAAUCCCUUCAUCCACAAGGAUCAUCACUGCCAGGACUGUUUGCUGAGCUGCAUUAGGACAGCCUGGUGGCCAAGACUGGGGACUUUGAGGAAGGCUGCUGCUUCAAGGGAGUUUCCCAGCACCACUUAUUUCUGCAAGGGUCUGUGGGCUGUGCUGCAGGUCAAGUAGACCCCAGAGGCCUUCCUGGAGGGCACCUUCACAUCCAAGACAGACUCCUGGCCUUUUGGGGUACUGCUCUGGGACAUCUUGCUGGGCUACUUGCCCUACUCUGUUCGUGCUAACCAGGAGGUAGUGGACUUCAUAGUCGGAGGGGGACAGAUGGACCCUCCCAGGGGCUGUCCAGGGCCUGUGAGAGAAUGAUGUCAUAUCAUGAACCGUCAUUGGCAGCAGCAGCCUGAACUCUGCCCCACUCUUGCCAGCAUCUUGGAGCAUCUUCAACUGCUCUUAGGUGUGCCCCAUGACCUGCCAUGA